CCUUUGGUGAACUGUGAAGAGCCAGAUAACACAUGUUGUCAGUUUAUAAUCCAUCUAUACAUCAAAAGGUCAAAAGUGAUACACGUAAAAUUUGAUUGGAUGUACGCUGACAUCCCGUGACCUCUAGCGACUCCGCCCACCAGCGCGAGCCAUUCUGCGCCAAAACACUGGCGUCGACUAAACAUCAUGUGACAGGAUAAGCUGGUGUUAGAAGUUAUAUGACAUUACAGUUAUCCGACAGACAAGCCCUCCUCAAUUAUAAUCCUAUCAAACGGAUUACAAACCAAAUGGACAGAAGAUAAGACAAUUACAGGGAAAAUUAACCAUUGAAGAAAUUGCAAACGUCCGUCAAGAGAUUGAUGAUGGAAGGUCACAAUGAAAUGUCAUGGUCAGCAGGGUGAUGAGCUCGGAGAACAGGAAAUCCACAGGAGGACAACAUAUCUCAGAUACCAGUUACCAUGGUAACCAGGGCUCUUCUGGCUCAAAGGUCAAGGUCAAAGAUCGUAUCAUCACUUUUGAAAAAAUUAAGGAUGCAGUGACGCAUGCUGAUGACAGUAAUGAUCACCAAAAUGUCUAUAGUGACGCAUUGUCUUCAGUGGAAAUAACUGACGAUGAAGGAGUAUACAGCGAUGCAUGGUCAGCAAUGCCCAUAUCAAAGGGAGAUCACCUCACAGAGAGAUAUAAUACAUAUAAGCAAAAUGGAAACAUAAUGGCCAAUGAAAUGCCGGAGACUUCAGAAAUCACAUUAGCCAACACCCAGCUGGAUCCAAUGCAAACACCUGGUGCAUCAGGGGGGGAAAACGUGUCUGGUAGUCCAGUACAUGUAGCAGCUGAAAGCUCACCAGUGCAAAGUGUUGCGUCCUUAGCCGAUUCGACAAUAUACGACGAGGUUCCAUCCAAAGAUUCAUCCUUGGACUGCUUUACAGAGUCACUUCCUGACAAACAUGGCAGGAAUUUGUCUGACAGAGAAUCUGCCUUUAUUUCAUAUACACAGUCUCUGCCGCCAAACUUCAGUCUGGCGGACAGGCCAGAAAGAGCAAGUCUGACAGGGGAAAAUGACUGGGGUAGUGCGGAGAAUAUAAGGGCUGCCAAGAACAAAUCUCUGACGCUGAGACGACGGUCUGCAGAGGACAAAAACAGAGGCAGCGGAGAAGGACAAGAAUUUUAUGCUGGGGACCAAAUGGGUGAAUUUGAUGAAGAUGAGAACAUCUAUGAGUCAAUGUACCUUCAGCCUCUGCCAGGUGAUAAUGAGUAUGAUUCUGAUGACAUUUCAUGGAGCAGUGACGAAUUUGAGUCCUACGAGGAUAGCAUUCACAAUGAGGCUGUCCCUAAGGUCGCGCCUGAGGUCGCACAACCAGCGACAGUUAUUAUGGGACCUCCUGCGUCUCGAGUCCGCAAAAUUCAUAUUGCUCAUGGUUUGGAGGAACCUCAGUACCCUAGCUUGCUUCGUAGACUGAAGGAGAGUUUUAAAGGUUCAGCUGAUUUAUCCAGUGGGGAAGAAGACAGCCCAUGUUUACCUGUGGAGAUUUGUGACAUCAAGCAUCCACCACCUGUCCUGCCCCCUCUGCCAAGUGGACUCACCACAAACCAAGUGAAGAGACGACAUGCUAUUGGUGUGCUAAUUGACAGUGAGAAAUCAUACAUUGCCUCAUUGCAGCGUCUGCUUGAUGACUUUAAGGAGCCCCUGUUGGAAAUCCCUUCCUUACAGCGAGGCAAGGUACGAGUCGAGCUGGUGAAAGCAAAGGAUAUCCUCCAGUACCAUCGUAUGUUCCAGAUAGAACUUGCGGAACAGGUGAAGAUGUGGCACGCCCAGGAGAAAAUUGGAGAUGUCUUCACAGCUUCGUUCUCCAAAGCCAUAGUCUUAGAUGCGUACAGCGAAUAUGUCAACAAUUUUACUGCAGCAAUGGAGGAGAUAAAAAAAAUGACACGACAACGAGCAUCCCUCAGGGACUACCUCAAGGCAAAAGAGAUGAGUAGUCCUGACAGACUGGGAUUGUUUGGGCUGAUGGUCAAGCCAGUGCAGAGGUUCCCUCAGUUCAUCACCUGUCUACAGGAUUUGCUGAAAUACACUCCUCAUGAUCAUCAUGACAGACUUGGUCUUCAGCGCGCACUGACUGAGCUGGAAAACAUUGCUCAUAAACUGAAUGAAAGGAAACGUGAAAGUGAACAAAAACUAGAAGCCAAAGCUAUGCUGGCCAACUUUAAGGAACACAUGAUAACCAAAACAGGCCAUGAACAAAACCGCAAAAUGAUCCGUGUUGAUGAUUUAGACCAGGUGGUUGAAGCAUCAAACAAAUUCAAGAAAAGACGCCUUAUCUUGCUAGAUGAUCUCCUCAUUUUGACAACAGUUAUUCCAAGUCGAGAUGGUGUCGAGCCAGAGCGUUACAAGCUGAAGUGGUGCUGCCCCCUGUCAGAGGUGGAGCUUAAGGAGAGCUCACUGUCAUCCAGCAUGCAAAGCUCUGUACGAGGUGAACCAGGCAAAAUUACCGUUGUUUUUGCUAAACCAGAGAAUCCUGAUGAAGAUCCCUUUCAUCUGGUCACAGAUUUGAGUGAACUUCAUCAUGACUUCAGCGUCCUGAGCAACGUUGUUGCACUGGUCAGCGCCCUGAAAAGGUCUUACACGGGGUUGUCGGAGGAAUCUGUCCACGCGCUGAUCCGAGACCUUCAGCGGAUCAUCCACGUGAAAGACGAACAGCUGAGACUGGUGAAGAGCUGCUCCAUUACAUUGUCGGUGCCGUGUAGGACCGUUACUGGGGGGAUGGGCCGAACUAAAUAUGUGUUCCACACUCAGUCUCCAUCUGCUCGGGAAGAUUGGUGUUUAGACCUACAGAUUGCAAAGAUGGGUUUAGAGGCCCGUAAUAACCCUGGCUGGGACAUCCCCCAUGCUGUGAAUGGGAUCUCGAGUGUGAUGCCAGCACUGUUCAUUAAGGCUUUACCUGUUGACGUGGUACGCCAUUAUACUAAGGUGCGUUGUGCUGUCCCUGUGUUUUUAUCAACCCCGUCAAACAUAGGUGUGGGGAUGCAGCACCUGUGGGUCUGCAACACGACGGCCACCAGGGGGCAGGUCUCCAUCGUAUCCAUCCACUCCAACCGUCCUCGGGUCAUCGAGUCGUACCAGGCGUGUGACUGUGAGAUCGUUUGUGUUGAGAAUGUUCCUGGCUACUCUGCAGAGAAUGAUCCGUACUCAUUCAAAAUGGACACUGUGUGGAUGGUCACUGUCAAGGCUGAGGUGUUAAUCUAUCAGCUCACAAGUUCUGACGGACUCACAAAACGCCAGCCCUCUGCCACAUUUGCCCUGCCCUCACCGUGCUCCUAUCUGAAGUACGUAGAUGAGUGUGUGUUUGCUGCUCUGGACAAUGGUCAGAUGGCUGUGUACACCAGAGAUAUUGCUGGAAAGUGGAAUGUCACCUCCCCCUUGUACUUGAACCUGGGCACUAAGCCUGUCAAAUGUCUGUUUCCUUUGGAGAAUCACCUGCUGUGCACAUCAGGAAAUGUCAUCCAUUUUGUCAGCUUAACAACACUGGAGGUGCAGAAGUCACACAAAUUGUCACCAGAUGAUGAUGUGGUGAUUGGUCAUGUGACCAGAGCAGGCGUGGGAUUGUGGGUAUCAUACGAGGACCAACCUUUGAUCCAUGUGUAUCAUCUGGAGACAUUAAAUCAGCUACAGGAUGUAAACGUCUCAUCAGCUGUCCAGAAAGCUCUAACAGGGCAAGUUCCAGAAGAUAUUCUGUCCUCAAUUACCAAAGACAUCCAGGUAUCCUGUCUUCUGGCAAGCAAGGGUCUACUGUGGAUUGGCACUUGCAAGGGAGUUAUUUUGACUCUACCGUUGCCUCGGUUACGUGAAGGUGUCCCUCAGAUCGUCAGUAGACCGUGUGUCUCCUUCCACGGACAUUGCGGACCAGUCAGAUUUCUCCUGCCCAUUUACUUCCUCACACCAGAAGUGAGCACUUUGAAAGCCAAGACUGCUCUCAGAGAAUAUGACUAUGUGCCAUUUAAACCUUCAGUUGAAAAGCAAGAAACUCAGUCUGCUAAGGAAAGUGCAGAGGCAAAUCCUGUGCAAAAUGACAGAGACUUUGAUGAAGCUACCAAAGCAAGCAUCAGGGAUGAACUUGCCUCAAAAACAGUGUGGGAUGAAGAUAACCCCAAAACAGAACUAUCCAACAGUAAUCACAGCAUCACCAGCAGCCAGCCUAACUCAGAAACUGCUGGUGCACCAGCAUUAGAAUCUUUACAGACUCUUCCCACUGACCGCUCAGACUUGGGUCAAGCUUGGCCAGCAAAGACACUGGCCUCAGAGCUCGCAGCCUCUCACUUUCCACCAAAGGCCAGCCCAAGCAUGGCACGAAGGAAGGAUUUUUGGCAGUCAACUCCAAACCUGGCAGCAGAUUUUGAUGGCACUGAAGAUAUUUCUGUGCUGUAUGGAAGUUUGAUGCAAGGCCUUGAUAAUAUACAUGAACCUUAUGGACUUCGCAGGAAAAAACAAGCAGGUGUCUUCGACAUGACCAAGAGGCAUACGCUGCACACUUCCGCCAGCAAGUUUGACAGCCAGACCUCUGGAAAGUCAAAGCUUUCAAAGUAUAAACGCUCAAGAAAACGGUCAAAUUCUUUGCUCAAGGAUGAGGACCUUGGUGUUGUUGAAGAAGGAAUUGCCCAGAUCACUCCCAGUCCCACCCAGAGUGAGGCUCCUGUAACCGACACACCAACACUUUCACCCAAAAGCUGUCACGAAGCAUUCCCAGGUGGCACCACAUUGUCAUUGCCAAGGGAUCAGACAGGCAAGAGCAAUGCUCAGAACCCUGCCAGCCCCAGCAAUACUGAUGACGAUCCUACCUCCUCACAAGGAAGACGUCAGUCAUGGGGGACAACUCUUCCUCGUAAACCUGUGAAUGCUUGUAAAUCUGUGAUUGUUGUGAGUGGUGGAGAUGGUUAUUGUAGCUGGAAUAAACUUGAUUCUAGUAAAAUCCAGCGCACCGAGGAAGCCACCCUUCUGUUGUGGUUACACAAAGUCAGCUCCUGACCAGCUUAACUGAUACAAAAACAUCCUGUUUAAUGGUAAUAAUCAAAGGGUACAAGCACCACAAUUUUUCACAGCUCUCACAUAUUCCUAAUAUGUUAGUUGUAGACAACUAUAGAAUUUACCUUCGGAACUAUUCCAGUGUUUAAAGUUGAUCAAAAUUCUCUGCUAGAGUGUUCUAAUGAAGGUACAUGGUAGGUGUAUCGUGCCAUAUUUGAACCUGUUAAAGCGGAUUGGGCAAAGUGCAUAUGGUUGUUAUUCCACAGGUGGGGGUGGUGACACCUUGAGUUGAAGGUAUUGUUGAAUUAACUACAAAUGAUGUCGUGUCAGGAAAAUAUCUCUGCGUUAGCCCAAGAAAUAAGCUAGUUGCAGCAUACAUUUUUAGAAUACUUCCAACAUAGUUUGAAGGCAUGUUUUUUGUCUGUCUGUUUUUUUUUUCUUAUUUUCGAUUUUUGGUUGCUGUGAUAUUUAAAUUGUCUCAUUUGCAUUAAGAUAAAACUAAUAUGGCUUACUGAUUCACUAUGGCUGAAGAAAAUGUUGGAAAUCGUUGUUACCUUUCUGUCAAACAAAGACUGUAUACUUAUAGGUGUGUUAUCUUUUCAUUUGCAUGAGACUCUGCCAGUGUUAAACAAGUCUGCGUGUUCCAACACGUGUAAAUCUUACCCAAUGUACUGGCCUGCUGAGAUAAGAAUGAAAUGAAUAUAAUGUGUUUAAACAUGUAAUCUUGAAAGCUGAAACAUAUUAUCAUUUGAUACUUGUUUUGAAAGCAUGGUAUACAUCUGUGUUUGUUUAAACCAAUAAUGAUAUGAUACAUUAUAUACACAUGGACGUGUUCAUGUGCUUAU